AUGAAUUCAUCUACGGCAUUCCCCAAGGCCGCGGCUCUCCCCGCGCGUCUGUUGCGCACCCAACGACAAUAUACCAAACAAUCUUCCACCAGCAGCAUUUGCUCAUCCAACCAAACACGAAAUUAUCAUGCAACCGUCUCCGAUUCCCCGGCUAGGCGUCUCCGGGAGGGUGUUUCCAAGAGAAAGGACUCAUCGGUGAUAUCGGCUAGGGCCUUCCACACUACCUCUCCUCUCGCAGCCAUUCCCGAUCCCUACAAGGUUCUCGGCGUUGACAAAAAGGCGUCUGCUGGCGACAUCAAGAAGGCCUACUACGGCUUGGCGAAGAAGUAUCACCCGGACACCAACAAGGACCCCAAAGCCAAAGACAAGUUUGCGGAGGCCCAGACUGCUUAUGAACUUCUAUCCGACGCCCAGAAGCGAGAGAAUUACGACAAAUUUGGUUCGGCCGCUUUCGAUCAAAACGGCGGGUUCGAUCCCAACGCCGGUAACCCGUUCGCUGGUGCUGGAGGAUUCCAUGGCUUCGGCGGCGGCUUCGGUGGUGGUGGUUUUGGUGGAGGCUUCACCGGCGACAUCAAUUUCGAGGAUCUAUUUGGAGCCUUUACUGGAGGAGCGCGCCGUGGCCCCCGCGGUGGUCGCAACCCUUUCCAGGAACAGAUCUUGGUUGGUGAAGACAUUGAGGUGCAGACCAGCAUCUCAUUCAUGGAUGCUGCAAAGGGCACGACGCAAGAAAUCGUCAUCACACCAUUGACCAAGUGCGGAACCUGCAAAGGUGAUGGAUUGAAGGCAGGUGCCAAGCGCUCCCAAUGUCGUCAGUGCAAUGGUACCGGUACCCGCGUUCAUAUGAUGCAGGGUGGCUUCCAAGUCGCCGCGACAUGUGAUGCUUGUGGAGGUGCCGGCAUGUCUGUUCCUCGUGGGUCUGAAUGCAGCCCCUGCAGAGGAAACGGUGUGGUCAGGGAGCGCAAGACUCUCAAGGUUGACAUCCCCGGCGGUGUCGAGGAUGGUAUGCGUUUGCGAGUGACCGGCGAAGGUGACAACCCACCCACUGGAACAGCCGCUCCUGCUGGCGCUCGCACCAGACCUGGUGAUCUUUACGUUUCCAUUCGUGUUGCCCCAGACCACCGCUUCAGUCGGUCCGGGUCCGACAUCCUUUACACAGCCUCAAUUCCCCUCACCACUGCCCUUCUCGGUGGCGAGGUCACCAUCCCAACUCUCGAUAGCCAAGUGAAGGUCAAGGUGGCCACAGGUACCGGUACCGGUGACCGAAUCACUUUAUCGGGAAUGGGCAUGAAGAAGCUUGGUGGCCGUGCGCGUGGUUACACUCCCAAUGGCGACCUUAAGGUUGAGUUCAAAGUCAACAUGCCUAAAUACUUGACAGGCAACCAGCGCACUAUCUUGGAGGUUCUCGCAGAUGAGAUGGGCGAUAAGACAGCGAAGCGGACAAUGAACUUCAGCAAGGAUAGCCCCUCUACCUCCGAGAGCGCCGAGAACUCGACCAAAAAUGAAGGCUUCCUUAAGUCUGUCUGGCAUCGCCUCACGGAAAAGCAUGAUUCUUCCAAGCCAACCCAGGGCGACAAGGAUAGCAAAGGCCCCAGCAAGGAAUCCGAAAAGAAGGAAGCUGACAGCGAUGCCAGCGAGGAUAGCUCGAAGAAGAGCUGA